CCGGGGCGGGACCGCCGCCGCCGCGCAGCCGCUACUGCCGCAGCCGCCGCCAUGGCCGAGCCGCUCCGCGUCUCCGUGCUCUACUGCGGAGCCUGAGGCUACAGCCCCAAGUACCAAAAGCUCAAGCAGGAGCUGGAGAGGCGCUUCCCCGGCGCGCUGGAGGUGAGCGGCCAGGGGACGCGGGAGGUGACAGGAUGGUUUGAAGUGACGGUGGGAGGACGCCUGGUCCACUCCAAGAAGAACGGUGACGGGUUCGUCGACAGCGACGCCAAGCUCCAAAAGAUCAUGGCCGCCAUCAAAACCCGCCUGCCGUAAACACCGGGGUGCACCCUGGCACCCCUAACGAAGCUCCACUGGCGUCCGCCUCCCUCGCGCCGGCCGAGCGCUCCAUGACGGGAACCGCCAAAACGUCCGCCGGCACCGGGGCCGUUUCCAGACGCCGCGCAGGAUGCCGGCGCGAGGGCGGCGGGCGGCUGUCGAGCUUCGCAUCCCCCCCCCUCCCCAAAUCCUUUCCCUCCGCACUAACCGCCUUCACCGACGCUCCUGGUUUCAGCUGGGUUGAGCUUUUUCUGUUUGGUUUGUGUUUGGUUUUUUUUUUUUUUUUUUUAACCCCGCAAAUCCGCACGGAAAGCUUUCACCGAGCCUGCCGGGCUGAAAAAUAGGGAAAAAAAAGAUUCAAAAUGGAGAAAUUAUACAGCAAUUUCAUUGUUUUCCCUCUCUCUGCCCGGUGGCUGGACCCCAAAUUCCCGCCUUGCCGUUCCAGUUGCCUUCUGUAGCUUUCUCACGGCACGGUGGCCUUUUUGGAAUAAAGUCAUGGAAAAUUUGAGCCAAA